UGUCAAAUUUCUUGAUUUUAUCUUUAAAAAUUAAAUAUAUAUAUUUUUUCUUAUUGGAAAAAUUCUAGGUACAAUUAAGUGGCCGUCUGUUAACUGUUUUUUCAUCAUCACACUAUUGUGGUGGAACGAAUGAAGCCGCAACUGUACUUGUUGAUUCAGCAAAAUUACGAUUGAUCAGACUUGAUACGGCAUAA